GUGACAAGACCACAUACCACACAAAAUAUUUGUUGAACGGUGGAUGGAUACUCGUACAUUGGACGACGGAUACGGAUCCCUCUCUUAAGCUACCUAUCAACAUCUCGCGAUUUCUUUAAAAAAAAAAAAAAAAAAACUCACAAUUCGCAAUAAAAUUCGAAUUCAAACACCUCUAAGAAACAAACGAGAAAACCGAGCUAAAUCAAACAUGCAAUGUAAACAAUUGCACGAUAAUAAUUGUGUACACGAUAAAUUAAAAACAAUAGAUAAAUUAAUUACAAUAAACAAUCGAUAAUCAUGUAAAUAACGAUUGUUGUAUUUAAAAAAAACUAAAAACAAACAAAAGUGUUGUUUUUGUGAAUUGAAUUUAGUGUGUUUUGUGAGAAGCAACUUGGGAGCUUGAGUUGUGUUUUGUUUUGUGAUGUUAAUUAUACGAGAGAGUUAAGGGGAGAAUGGUGUGCUAUGGCUGACGACAGUAAAAUUCGAGUAAAACGUGAAUUUGUGAAAUUACUUGAGAAACAUUCAAGUUUAUUUGGUGUACAACUUGAAGAAAUUGACAUUGACCAUCAAAAUAAUGAGGAUUCAAUAACAACAACUCAAGCUGCUACGAAAUCUGUUGUUGACAGUGACUCCCAUCACUCCUAUGCACUGUAUCAAGUGAUUAAUGCACCUGAUCCUGAAAUUGUUUCUACUUUACAGAAUUAUGUGGAUAGUUUAAUAAUAAAUUCAAGCACAGCAGCUGAUCCAGGUGGUGAAGAUUCCAGCUACGAUUCCGAUGGCGACAUCGAACGAGACGAUCCAGCAACAAACAUCACCGGAAGUUCCAGCAACAAUGGUGGAAAUACACAACAACACACCGAAGUAUCACGCACAACCAGUGAUACAUUAGCAGCUGAAUUCGCUGAAUAUGUAUCACCGCCAGGAUACGCGGCCCGUGUUGAAUUCGCAUUAAAAUUAGGUUACACAGAACGUUUAGUACAAGCGGCAUUACAUAAAUUAGGUCCUAAUCCUGGACAAAAUGAAUUAUUAGCUGAAUUAAUAAAAUUAGGUGCUAGAGGUCCAUUAGAUCAAAGUCCACCAGCUGAAUCAUUAUUGUCAAUUGUACCGUCCGAUUCAACUAUCGAUUAUGAUGAUUCAACAAUCUCUACGAAUUCGUCAUCCACCGGGAAAUUACGUCAAAUUGUUAUUGAUGGCAGUAACGUAGCAAUGAGCCAUGGUAACAAAGAAGUAUUUUCUUGCCGUGGUAUUAAGAUAUGUGUCGAUUGGUUUCGUGCCCGAGGACAUCAAGAUAUAACAGUUUUCGUACCAAAAUGGCGUAAAGAAGCCCCACGGCCUGAUAAUCCAAUCACAGGACAAGAAAUAUUAGGUGAAUUAGAACGUGAACGCUUACUAGUAUUUACACCAAGCCGUUUAGUUGGUGGUAAACGUAUGGUAUGCUAUGACGAUCGAUACAUUCUACGUUUAGCCGCUGACGUUGAUGGCAUAGUUGUUAGUAAUGAUAAUUAUCGAGAUUUAGCACAAGAAUCACCAGAAUUUCGACGUGUUGUCGAAGAACGAAUACUUAUGUACUCAUUCGUGAAUGAUCGUUUCAUGCCGCCAGAUGAUCCUCUAGGUCGUACCGGACCAACGUUAGAUAACUUUUUACGUGCACAACCUAGACCUCCGCCUCCAUGUCCGUAUGGGAAAAAAUGCACAUAUGGUAAUAAAUGUAAAUUUCAUCAUCCAGAACGAGGACCUUUGCCACAUAAAACCGUAACCGAACGACUUAGUGAACAUGCACAAAGACAUUUACAAGCCAGCGGGCAACGUUUACAAGGCAAAUCAGUUAGUUUACCAUUACAAUCUUCCGAAGAAGUACGAAAAACACCAUUAAAUCGAACACGUUCAAAUGUUCCAACAACAACGGAUUCAAAUACAACAAACACGUCUGGUGAUUCAGUUAAUUUACAUCGAAAAUUACAAAGACAAUUAACACUGAAUCCAGGAAAUGAUCCACGCUUGUAUAAUCGACGGUAUCAGAACAUACCACAAACAACAAGUCCUCAACAACCAACGGCCCAACAUCGUCCACUAAGUCGACAUAGUUCGACAGGAAGUCGUGGUGGGGUAAUUACACCUACAGCAUCUUCAGCCUCUGCAUGGGAUCUACAUCAACAUGUGACACGUAUAGCAUCCGCACCAGGACCACCUCCCACAAAUAUACAACGUCCAAUGCAUCGAUUAUCAUCAACAUCCGAUCCACAAAUUAAUUUAUGCGCCCCAAAUCCAAAUCAACCAUGGCCACCAUGUUACGCUCAACCACCAUCAUGUUUACCAUUACAACCGCAUUAUUCUUCGGUUCCAGCUAGUACUGAAGAUGCCCGACGUAAAUUACAUUAUCAUUUAGCUGCUAUCUUCCCGGAAGAACAAGUUACGCAAGCAAUGAAUUUGUAUCCAGAUGAAACAAAUCCACAACGGAUUUGUGGUGCAAUUUUGGCAAUGUUUCCAAAACCAUAAUUUAUUGAUAUGAUUGAAAAUGGCUCUUUAUAUUAAAGUAUAUUUAUUUAAUAUUUAAAAGAUGCACUCUUUAGUCAAAAGUACGUACUAUUUUAUACAUAUUUUAUAUACAAACAUGUAAAAGUGGCAAGCCAAGUCAAGUCCUACUCUAAAGACUCGUUAACAGUCUAAGUCUAAGAGUCCAUUAUGGAAAAGCUCCUCUUCAUCAAAUAUUCGUUAAUAUGAAUUAAAAUACCAAUUAAUGAAGUUCGAGUUCUUCCUCUUGCUUUUGAUACCACAAUUUUCCCAGUUAGUAAAUUGUAUUCAAAUUCCAUUGAAAAAAUGGAAGCACAUUCAAAAAUAACAUCGAAAAUAGAACAACCUUUAUAUUAACGUAUGUUCGAUAAAAGAGAGCUUGAUUUAUCGAUAAUAGAUUCUUGCUCAUGAUAAGUAGUAAGAAUUACAUUGAUCCCUAAUCGAUGAAUACAAACCACUUUUGUAUUAUUCUUUUUGUAAUACACGAACUGCCCUACUUUUUUUGCAA